UCGAUGCAGGCUGUCGGUCUGCGUUCUUCCUGAAUUGUUUGUUUAUUCUGUCUCAGCGUGGUUCGGGUUCACUGCAUUGUUUGUGUUGUUCACCGUGUCAGGCAUCAUGCAGGAUCUCAUAGCUGGAGUCCAGAAGAUUCGGUUCGAUCUGGAAGUGGACGUGCUUAUCCAGAAAGGGGCCCGACCGCUCCCGUUCCCGGGAAUGGACAAGUCUGGCUCAGCAGUGUGUGAGUUCUUCAGCAGGGGACUCUGUAAAAGAGGAGCCAUGUGCCCGUUCCGUCACCUGCGUGGAGAGAAGUCCAUCGUGUGCAAGCACUGGCUGCGCGGGCUGUGCAAGAAGGGGGACCAGUGCGAGUUCCUGCAUGAGUACGACAUGAGCAGAAUGCCAGAGUGCUUCUUCUACUCCAAAUUCAGCGAGUGCAGUAACAGGGAGUGCCCGUUUCUUCACAUCGACCCUGCCAGUAAGGUCAGGGACUGCCCCUGGUAUGACAGGGGCUUCUGUAAGCACGGUCCCCUCUGCAAACACAGGCACACCAGGAGAGUGAUCUGCCCCAAUUAUUCAGUGGGGUUCUGCCCAAACGGAGCCCACUGCAAGUUUGUCCAUCCCAAAGCAGAUUUGCCGACAUGCCCCCCGGAGCAGCACAAGCAUUCCAGCCAGCCUAUGAAGCUGGCUCCAGCCCCGCUGAUGGUUGACAUGGCACUCCUGGCCAGGCAGCAGAACCUGCUGCUGCAGGAGGUCACUCCCUUCCCACACCUCUCCACCACCAUGAGCAUCGUACACUACCAGCUGAGCCGGCUGCAGGAGGCGGGCACGUCGACACGGGGCUCUGCCCGGCCCAUCCAUCUCGUCACCUGCUACAAGUGUGGAGAGAAGGGUCACUACGCCAACAAGUGUGGAAGGAGAAACCUGGGGCUGCUGGCUGGGCACUGAGAAGGGCAUUGCUGUGGAC